AUGGGUCUUCGUGCUAUUUUUUUCGGAGGAAUUACUAUCCUCGCCACUUCCCUUGUCAAAGCUCAUUGGAUCAACCUUAAUGUCUCUGUAUACCCAGAAAAGCCAGGGGCUGUCUUGAUCAGCCCCACCCUCAUGGAUGUCGACGAAGUGCAGCCGUUUUAUCAACGUAAGCCAACUACAAUUUCUCAGGAAUCUGCUAUCAAGUACAAACCGCGGCUUUACGUCGACGAAGGAUGUCAUCCAUAUCCUGUAGUGCAGGAGAAUGGGUCUUUAAGUGAAGGAAUGCAGUGGAAAAACUAUUUUCGACCUUCGUGCGAAGGAUCUCCUAGGGGUUCCCAGAUUUACUCGCGUUCCGACUGGUACCAAGGCAAGUGGGCGAUGCUAUACACGUGGUACCUUCCGAUGGCCCUUGACUCUACUGCCUGGUUCGUUGACGGCCAUCGCCACUUUUGGUUAUGGGUCGUUAUUUGGACAGAUAGCCCAGAUCCGGAUGACUCGACUAUUCUCGCUGCAUCGAUGUCUGGUUUUGGCGACGAAAUCAAAAAAUAUGCACCGUUGAAGUCCAAGUAUCUCAUCCACGACAAGACUUUAAAAGUUAAGUCGACAGAAAGUCGAAUUCGGAAGAAGCAUGGACUUGAACUCACCAAACGUGUUGGUGAGUUUCAAGAUCUCAUCACGUGGGAGCAGCUGUCGGACGAGGCUCGAGCAGCGCUGUCAAAUUUCCACCGCCUCGAAAAGCGAGCAAACCCGCCAAUCCAAGACAAACUGUUUUACGAGGUGUUAGAAAAGUCUUAUCCAUUCUAG